AUGCAAGCUGCUCCUUCACAAGCUGAGUUGUUGUAUAAGAAUUAUAAAGUGAAUAAAGAGAAGCUCAAAUCUCAAGUGAAGGAGACAAUUGUUGAGAAAUAUGGGAAUGCAGCUGCUGACGAGGCGCUUCCAAGAGAACUUUUAUUGGGUCAAAGUGAAAGAGAAGUUGAAUAUGAUCGUGCUGGAAGAAUCAUCAAAGGCCAGGAAAUGGCUCUUCCUAAGAGCAAAUACGAAGAGGAUGUUUACAUCAAUAACCACACUUGUGUUUGGGGGUCUUGGUGGAAAGGCCAUCAAUGGGGUUACAAGUGCUGUAAGCAGUUUAUUAGAAACAGUUACUGCACAGGUGCUGCUGGCAUUGAAGCUGCUGAAGCCGCAUCCGAUCUCAUGAAGGCCAACAUCGCACGCAAAGAGGCCACUCAAGAAGUUGUUGCCCCAACUGAGGAGAAGCAGCUUGCCACUUGGGGAACCGACAUACCCGAUGACUUGGUUUUGGACCAAGCCAAACUCACAGAAGCACUUAAAAAGGAGGACAAGAGGCGGAGAGAAGAGAAGGAUGAAAGAAAGCGAAAAUAUAAUGUUAAGUGGAACGAUGAGGUGACGGCUGAAGAUAUGGAGGCCUACAGAAUGAAGAAGGUCCUCCAUGACGAUCCGAUGAAGGACUUCCUAAACUAAACUACUAGCUUUUUCCUUUUCCUUUUGCUUUUCCUCUGUAUUGUAUAAGUAUUGAUAAAGUAAGUGCUG